AUGCCCCCGGCCCCGAAGUACAUGCGUAGUUUGACAGAGCGAGUGAAACAUAGCGAAACCAGCUAUGAAGAACAUCUUCAAGAAGAAGACUCACCACCCCAACCGAUCGAACAACGAGACUCCUCAGCCGUCUUCUUCUUCUUCCUCUUCUUCCGCGUUGACGUCGCCAUCAUCACCCGCGUCUUCCUCCGAUCACCGCGCAUCGCAGAGUCCAUCGACGGCGUCGGCGACUCCCGCCGUUCCCGCGCAGGUUCCCGGUGGAGGAACGCCGUCCGUCAGCCGGCAGCACGAUUACUACGCCUCCGAGGAGGAUUACCAGAUUCAGCUUGCGUUAGCGCUCAGUGUUUCCUCGUCUCAGGCCGAGGAGCCUUUUAGGUGCGAUGUUGACUCCGGAAAAGGUCAGAUCCUCGGUGGAGCGAGAUACGGUGCUGAAUCGGCCCGUGAUAGGGAGGAAGCUGCUGCGGAUUUGCAGUCGAGGCACUAUUGGGAUUACAACACGCUUGAUUACGAGGAAAAAGUUGUUGAUGGUUUCUAUGAUGUACAUAGCCUUUUUGCGAGUCCUGCAAGCCGAGGGAAGAUGCCAUCUCUUUCGGAACUUGAAACAAAUGGUGGAAGUUCUAACUUUGAAGUUGUGAUAGUGAAUAAAAAGAUUGACCCCUCACUGGAGGAGCUUGUGCAGAUUGCACAUUGCAUCACACUAGACUCCGCCAAAGAUGAGAUUGGUCUGCUAGUUCAGAGGCUUGCUGAACUGGUAAUAGAACAGUUUGGUGGGCCGGUGAAGGAUGCUAGUAUCAUACUGACUAGAUGGAUGGAAAGAAGUACAGAGUUGAGAACUUCUCUUCAAACCAGCGUGCUGCCUAUUGGAUCGCUAAAUAUUGGAUUGUCACGUCAUCGUGCGUUGAUGUUCAAAGUUUUGGCCGACCAUGUUGGAAUUCCUUGUAGAUUAGUUAAAGGUUACACAGGUGUUGAGGAUGAUGCUAUCAACAUCAUAAAGUUACCUAAUGGGAGUGAGUUUUUGGUUGAUCUUAUGGGUGCACCUGGGACGCUUAUACCAGCUGAAGUUCUUGGGGGGAAGGAUACUUCUUUCAAGCCAUAUAACCUUCCCAAUGCCCAGUCAAUAAUUGGUUCAAGCUCUGUGCCCUACUCAUUGGAUGAAAAGAAAUCUUCAAUAGAAAAUGAUAUUUUCAAUGCUGCGGGGCCAGCAAGGCAGGAAUCCAAUCCUUUGUUAUCAGAUACAAAUGUUGGAGCUGGUUCAUCAGGAUUAAGUAGCAGAGUUUCUCCCUCAAACCAGUUGGAUCAAAUCCCAUCAUUGGUCAUUGGGAAGUCCUUAUACAAAGGAGGUCGUGGACCUAAUGCCGCUAGUGAUGGUUCAAGGGUGAAUGUGAAUGUUCCAUAUAGCGAUGAUCCAAAAAACCUUUUUGCUGAUCUCAACCCCUUUCAAGUUAAAGGAUCUGGCUUGGUUCAGAAUAACCCUUCUAGAACUGCAGUCAAUGGACUGCAGUUUCCAAAAAAUAAUGUGGCAGGCAAGCCUCCUGUCCCCAUGAAUUGGAAAAAUCGUUAUGCAUGCAAUGAAGUUCCAGAAAUAUCACCAAGGAUCAACCGUGGUGCAAAUAUUUAUAAUUCAUCAUCAAUGACACCAUCCAGCACAACUACACAGCAGAAAGUUAUCUCUGAUAGCUCGAGGAUGCCUGGUAAAGCAUAUGAUGUCUACAGGGAGAACAAUGACACUAGUUCUGGAGCUGGUGCCCCUCUGAUGUUGGCAUCGACUCAAUUUGAAUUUAGGAAAGUUUCUAUUGAAGACAAUAAGAUCAGUGAUCUUAAGCAAGCAUAUCACAGGGAAGGCAAUGUUUUGGAAAGUAAUGGCACAGAAACAACCAGAGCUCAUGUAAAUGAGGUUACUAUGCAGAAUGAUGGCAAAAAGAUCACCCAACAUAAAUUAACAGGGAAGAAUUUAAGAUUGAAGGAACCUCAAUACUCAAAUACUUCAACAUGGUUAAGUCCAUCCCAGAUCAAUCAAGUAUUGGAUGAUGUGAAUGAAUGUGAAAUUCCAUGGGAAGAUCUUGUUAUCGGCGAAAGGAUCGGGCUAGGUUCAUAUGGAGAAGUAUACCGUGCUGAUUGGAAUGGCACUGAGGUUGCUGUCAAGAAGUUCCUCGAUCAGGAUUUUUCGGGUGCUGCUUUAGCUGAGUUUAAGAGAGAAGUGCGAAUCAUGCAACGUUUACGCCAUCCAAAUGUAGUUCUUUUCAUGGGAGCUGUAACCCGGCCUCCAAAUCUUUCUAUCAUCACUGAAUUUCUUCCCCGAGGAAGUCUUUUCCGGAUAAUCCAUCAUCCUCACUCUCAAGUAGAUGAGAAGCGCAGAAUCAAAAUGGCUCUUGAUGUGGCAAUGGGUAUGAAUUGCUUGCAUACAAGCACACCAACUAUUGUUCAUCGUGAUCUAAAAUCUCCUAAUCUAUUGGUUGAUAAUGAUUGGAAUGUGAAGGUAUGUGACUUCGGUUUGUCACGUUUAAAGCACAACACUUUCUUGUCAUCCAAAUCUACCGCUGGAACACCCGAGUGGAUGGCUCCUGAAGUUCUACGUAAUGAACCUUCAAAUGAAAAGUGUGAUGUUUAUAGCUUUGGCGUCAUUCUCUGGGAACUUGCAACAAUGAGAUUACCUUGGAGUGGAAUGAAUCCUAUGCAAGUUGUGGGUGCUGUUGGUUUCCAGAAUCGGCGUCUUGAAAUCCCUAAAGAACUCGAUCCCCUCGUGGCAAGGAUAAUAUGGGAAUGCUGGCAGAUGGAUCCAAAUUUACGACCGUCGUUUGCAGAAUUAACGGUGGCAUUAAGGCCAUUGCAGCGUCUUGUCAUCCCGUCACAUGUGGACCAGCCGAGCUCGCCUUUGACCCAGCAAAUAUCUGUAAAUUCUACACCUUGAUAUAUGUCUUCUUGCAAACUACACUGUAAAUAAUGGCAUCAUGUAUUCUUUUUAGUGGAGGGGUCAUUUUCUGCAUCAUAUGCUUAGCAGAAAAAUAGGCUAUAAAUAAUAUUUUUAAAAUUAUAUUUAUUUUUAAACAAUCACUCGUUUAUAUUUAUUACCAAGUAUAUUUUUUUAGAAAUAAAAAGGUUAUGCAUUU